AUGGUCAACUUUUCUCAACUCCCCUACGAGCUCCGCGAGAAGAUAUGGCUCGACACCAUCGAGCCUCGCCUGGUCGGCCUGGUUCCCUGUCGGAUUGGCAAAGGCCUCUGGAGCGUCAAGAGCACCGCCCGCCCUCCCGUGGCGAUGCAUGUCAACGCGGAGGCUCGCCAGAUCGUGGGCAAAUACUACAAGAACCUGGAAACCCGCAGUGUGUUGAACCACAAGCUCGACAUGUUCUACGAGGAGUGGCCCAUUGUCCUGGAUGCCUCGCCACGCAUCCUCUUCAACUUUGACAUUGACACGCUGCACUUUGCGGACACGGCGCCUCCCGACAAGCCUGUGCCAGAACCCGAGACGCUGCGGAUGAAGCCAAAAGUGCCGACCAAUGCCCUGGACCUCCUCAUUCUGAAAGAGUCGCUGAGCGCGUUUGACGGGCCCGGGUUCAGGGGAAUGAUUGACGCUUCCUCGCGCAUCCAGGACUGGCCCUAUAUCCUCGAGGCAAAGGAUGUGAGCCACGACUACAUCCACAGCGGAGAUCCGAGACUGCUCAACUGGACCAGCAUCCGCUAUGUCCGCUUCGACUUCAACGUGUUCCUGUCGGAUCUCGCCGUCUGGUGGGGGAUCAUGCAUCCGUUUGUGAAGUGGAUGCAGCAGGCGGCAACGCGAGUCGAGGUCCCCGACGACCCCAUCAGGAGCUACGACCUCGUCAUGUUGAGCGGUCGAGGGAACAAGCGGAGGCUGCAGAAGACGUUUCGACUUGCUCUCCGCCCAGAGAAGGAGGCCGACCCAGCAUACCAAUCGCUGUCGCCUAUCCAGCGGCUGGAGCAGCAUGGCGCAGUGGUUUUCGAAGAGGUGCUGCCUGCACCCGAGGCCAAGGCCAUCCUCUUUGAAGUUGUUGACCCUCUCAUUGGGGGCGACGCCAUCGCCAAGUGGAAGCAGUUUUCGGUUGAGCAGAGAAUCACGAGGCCGCCGCAUCCCAUCGUCCUACCCCGAGCGACGGCGUUUGGGACGGACAUGGAAGUGCUGUGGCAGAUGGCCAGGCGCAGGCGAGGUCUACGUCAUGGCGAAAUGUCUCCUGUCCAUGGGCUGUGCCUUGCAGACUAUGGCAUCGACGGGGGCUUCCGCGGCAGGAAGUGA